CACCAAACCAAAUCAAUCCCCUAUAUAAACAAACCCCCUCACCACUUUCUCAUCCACUCACUCCAACACACAACAACAACAACAACCAAACACCUCACUCAAUUUUCUCAAACCACCACUCUCUCUAAUGGCCUUAGAGACUUUGAAUUCACCCACCGCAGCCACCACUCCCUUCCGGAGUAGCUACCAACAAGAGGAGGAGGAGGAGGAGGAGCUUCACCACCAUGAGCCUUGGACCAAAAAAAAGCGCUCCAAACGACCUCGUUUCGACAACCCAACAACAACAGAAGAAGAGUACCUCGCUCUCUGCCUCAUCAUGCUUGCACAAAGUGGCAACAACAACAACAAAAACAACAACACAGACAAUAACACAAACACCUUGCGCGCAGAAUCAUCAUCCAAUUCACAGUCACAAUCGCCGCCGCAACAACAACCGCCGCUGAAACUUACUCACAAGUGCAGCGUGUGUGACAAGGCGUUCCCUUCUUACCAAGCACUCGGCGGCCACAAAGCAAGCCACCGCAAAUCCUCAUCGGAAAAUCAAACUCCCGCCGCCGCCGCCGUCAACGACAACGCUUCCGUGUCGACAUCCACCGGUAACGGCGGAAAGAUGCACGAGUGUUCAAUCUGUCACAAGAGCUUCCCAACCGGCCAAGCACUCGGCGGUCACAAGCGGUGCCACUACGAAGGCGGCAAGAGCAGCAACAGUACCAACAGCAACGUCCACGCAAAUACCAGCAGCGCCGUCACGACUACCUCCGACGGCGGCGCCGCCUCGGCACACAGCCUCCGUGGAUUUGAUCUGAACCUCCCCGCGCCGCUGACGGAAUUCUGGACGCCACUGGGGAUCGGCGGCGGAGAUUCCAGGACGAACAAGAUCCGAAGCGGUGAGCAGGAGGUGGAGAGCCCUCUGCCGGUAACCGCCAAGAGGCCGCGGUUGUUUUUCGAUGGUGGUGAAACGGCGUAGCUUUGUUCAGUUUCAGAUGAUGGAUUUUAAUUUUAAUUUAAUUUAAUUGGAUUGAAUUUGUUGUUAUGGGUCAGGGCCAAUUGGGAUUAGGUUCAGAUUUUGUUUGUUUUCAGUUUCACUCUUUCUCUGUACAGACAAAAUUUGUUCAUUGUUUUUAGACUCUCUUCUUACUCAUCAAUUCAAUCUAACAUAUUUUAUUUUUUCA